UAAAAGUCUUGCUCAGCCGCUGCAGCGACCUGGCUCAAACUUUACUUUUCACCUAAGAUUUAUGUUUCUGCGUUUAUCUGUCUGUGCCAACAGCCUAUAAAACAUUUUUUUCUCAUAGUGGCCGCUCGACAAGUGAAGCUUUGAAAAGAGGCUCGGCUCCGUUUUGACUAAGCCGAAAAAGUCCGCGGGGAAGUUCCCUAGGAAAUCCCCAAGACUGCGCGGGGAUAUUAUUCUCAAACAAUUGACCUCCUCGGUUUGUUUCUAAAGACGCGGAGCAGAGGCGUCACAUGCUGGAUUACUAACCCGUCUGCCGUUGAGAUCUACUCAGAAAAAAAAGAAAGAAAGCCCCGCGAUGGACAGCGUCGGCCUGAACUCGGACAAAAUGCGGAGCUACAGCGUGCUGAAUACUUUGUACCACGAGACGCGGCAGGAGAUCGAGCUGCUCAACAAGCAGAUCGCCGUCAAGGACAACAUCAUCUCGGACCUGAAAGCCCGGCUCGGCCGGCACGAGAGGAUCUACAUGACGGUGGGGGACCCCGGCGGGGACCCCUUGGUGGUCGGACCGUCCGGCUCGCUGGUGGAGAGCCUGGUGAAGGAGCUGUGCAAACUGAAGCAGAAGAAGAGCGACGUGGAGUUCAAGGCCGCGAGGCAAGCGGAGGAGAUCCAGAGGCUGAACCUGCAGCUCAGAGAGAAGGAGCUGGAGCUGGAGAGCGUCCGCUGCCAGCCGGACCACGAGAAGGACCAAGAGAUCCAGCGGCUGCGCGCCGCCCUGGAGGAGCGCGAGCGGACGGAGGCCACCAGGACCGUCCUGUGCACGUCCCUGGCCGAGGAGGCCGAGCAGCUGCGAGGCCAGCUCGGGGCGACCGUGAGGGUGUGCCAGGAGCUGCUGUCCAGGCUGGAGAAGGACAAAAAGGGGGCAGCGGAGGUGGAGGACCCGGCCCAGCAGCCAAAGACAUCAGAGUCUGCUGACGUGAGCGCGGCGAAUGCUCAGAUCCGACAGCUGGAGGAGGAGAACCGGCAGCUGAAGCAGCGUGUGGCCUAUGUCCAGGGUCUGAACUCUCAGUGGCAGAAGUACGACUCCAGCAGGGAGGACUACAUCCGAGGCCUGUGCCAGAGGCUGAAGGAGAGCGCGGGGCCGGGUCUGACGCCCCUGGCCGGGUCGGUCAGCACGGGGCUGCUCAGCCAGGAGAUCUCCAGGCUCAACGUCUUGCUGGACGAGAAAAUAAGCGAGUGUGCCCGGCUGAACAGAGAGGCGGACGGGAUCCGGAGGCAAGACAAGGAGCGAAUCCAGACUCUGGAGCAGCAGGUUCUCAUCUAUACUGAUGACUUUAAGUCGGAGCGAGCCGACAGGGAGCGAGCACAGAGCCAGAUUGAAGACCUGAAGGAGCAGGUCUCUCAGUUAAAGCAGCAGCUGUGCAAACAGCAGGGCGCGAGCAGAGACAACAGAGAGCUGGUACCCAUGUGUCGCGUGCACAUCGGACACCGGAUCACCUCAAGGCGAAGCAAAGACACUUCCCAGCCGCUGCUGAGGAGCGCCGCCGAGAGGAAGCAGCAGCAGCAGCAGCCGCCGCCGCCACCGCCGCCCGCAGCGUCCGCCGCCAACAUGUCGAACUCGGCCUGGAACGACUCCCCGGGCCUGUCGGAGCUGCAGUGCCCGCAGUGCCUCGCCAGGUUCAACGACACGGACGCCGCUGAAUACCUGAACCACUGCGAGGAGUGUGCCCGGUUGUGAACGGAUACGACACUCUGAAGACCGGCACUACACUGCAGAGCAUCACCUGAGCGGACAUUCCAGUUCGGACACGCGUGACUGCAAACCAAACAACUGACUUAAGACCACUUUGGGUUUUUUUUUUUUGUUUUGGUUCCCCCAGCACAGUGAGGCAAAACCGUACAACCCAAAGUUCCCAUGUUACGACAGGAGUGAUCUCACCGGGGAUCCACUGACACAAAAACGAAAAAUUCCAGCGUGAGAUUGUGAGUGCCCUCCCGUGGCACUGUGGGAGAUCGUUGUGGCGUCAGGAAGAGGAUGUUAAUGCAAUAUAUCAGAUAUCAUAUACCUCAUUGAGUCAGAUUACUAAACCUGUUGCACUUUGUGGACAUUAAGCCAAAAAGCAAUCGUAUAGGAGAGACUCAUGAUGCAUAAGCUUAUUUUGGAUGGAGGCAUCGUGUUGAUGUGGUGCUAUUGUUCAUUUUUCUAUCUUGUAUGUAUGUAUAUGUAUAUAUAUAUAUAUAUAUUCAUAAGAUUUAAAAUAUAUAUAACUAUAUUGUUAUAUUUAUUCUCUAUAUAUCUAACUGGAAAAGGCUAAUAUUUGUAAUAACUGUGCAAUGUCUCGUCCCUUAUUUUAGCGAAGCCACUGUUUUUACACGUUUUAUAUGUUAAAUUGGGAUCAAAUAUGUUGCACAUAUUACAACCAGGAGACAACAUCUGAAGUCCUCUUCAGGAACAACGUCGAACAACCUCUCAACUGACAAUGUGCUUAUUUUUGGAGCUGUACCGUUUUCCUGGAGGCGGCACGUUAUUUUUGUAAUAAAAGACUUGAUUACCCACUUCACCUCUGAUCGCAU